CUAUGGGUCUUCUUCACAAUUGUUAUUUGAUUGAAUGUGUAGCUAGCUUGACUCAAAAUCAAUACACUGUUUCGUUGGAAUAUCACUCAUACAUUGGCUCGAUGUUUGAUUCACUGUCUCCUGGGAUCAAGCCAGCCAACCCUUAGAUCUAGUAUCUAACAAAAAAUAUGAGAAAAGAGGAGAUAGGAAUCCCAUCGGCAAUAUAUGGACCUACGUAUAACGCCCCAUUCAGCAGACUGUCGACCAAUCGUAUUCAAGUUGUCGUGCUGCGUCGCUCAAUCCCUUCUCAAAGUCAGGAUAUGAGUUGAUUAGCCUGCUAUUUUCCUCGAAAGUACGUAAUGGCAUGAUUCCAAACUAUAAGAUAUUACAGAGAACGUUAAUUAUCUCACAUUUCUGAAAAUAUUUGUAAAGUUGUACUUCUUGUUCACGAAAUUGUUGUAGCUAGCGCUCCCAUUCACGCCUUGCAAGAGAGCUCCCCUUGUCCCAGAAUCGCCCGGAAUGCACUGCGCGGCCCAUUGACGACGCCUGUGCGUUAACACGAUUUAUAUGGAGUUUCCCAUCUCCUCAAAAGUAUAUCUGGGUAAUGUAGCAAACCCAAGAAACCUCUGAAGAAGGACAUUUCAGAAUGGCCGAGUCACCUUUGUCCGGUGUGAAUGUAGUGCUAGUUAUGGCAUAUGGCAGCCUGGUGUUUGUAUUGCUAUUUAUCUUCGUCAAGAGGCAGAUCAUGCGUUUUGCUAUGAGGUCCCGCAGAGGACCCCAUGCCCCUAUUGGACACAAUGCACCCAAGGGUUUGCGGGACGAGAUUGACGCACGUCUGUCCAAGGUUCAGGAAAUCCGCUUCGAGCCGCGUCUACUCUCUGAGGAGGAUGAUAGGCUGAAGCACGGGACACAGUUCAGUUGCUACAACUACCUGUACAGGAUGAAGGCUCUAGAUGCCAUUCGGGACUCGGGGAUCCCGCUGCAGGAGAUGGGCCGCAACCCGAACGCCAUCACAGGACGCAGUUUCCGCAACUGGCUGCUGGAUCUGCGUAACUCCCACUCUCUGAUCAAGAGCAGCCGUAGCACCCUCAUUGACAACCUGUUGGAGGGAUAUGACAGUGCACGUCAUGGCACAGGGGUAUUUGGGGAAGAGGAAUAUAUGAAAUACCAGGAUGCUCUGAAUGAACUGGCUGAUGUUGUGAAAGCCUACUCCAGCACCACCAGUCUGGACCAGCAUCACCAGUCAGCAGCCAAGGACCUGACCGGUUCCCCAGCCCGCAGCACCCCCCCCACCAUCCAAGUUACCUACCUGCCCUCCACCAGCCAGCGCAGCAAGAGGCCAAAGCACUUCCUGGAGCUCAAGAGCUUCAAGGACAACUACAACACACUGGAGAGCACCCUGUGAGAGGUGACUGUUGGGUCAGUUCGAGUUCAAUUCCUGCUUGUUGAAUCCAUAGGAAUUGUAUUCAAUAGCAAUAAUUGGAAUUGUGAUGGAAUUGACCACAGCUUUGCUAUGGGGACUACCAAAAACAUAGUAACAAAUCAAGCAUGUAGUGUAUAUACUAAAGCUUGCGGAAGAUCACAUUGCAUGUACGUUUUACUUUAUUUCCAUUGGCAAUAAGGAGAAUUGUCCCAUAAUACAAAGCAUUUGAAUAGUCCUAUUGUCAUAUCAGGGUCUUUAUCCCAGGAAUCUACUAUGAGUCUAUGGUACUUCAAUGCAUUGGUGCUGACACAUACACUAAGGACAAAGACCAUUGUACAACAGUUAUGCAUUACAACUGUUAGUUUCCCCUACACUUGAAUUGUAAACUUCACAUGUAUGUAUGUGUUGAUUGGUUGUUUGUAUAGAUGAAGGAAAUAUAUUUAUAUUCAUUUCAAAAGCUUUUUUUUACAUGUAGAAUCUGAACUGUGUAGUUAUGUGAUCUUGUGUUGAGAUUAAAACAUGGAAUGGAGCUAAAUUAC